CGCAGCUUUCUCGUCGAUACCGGCCAAUCAAAUAUUGGUUCUCGAGGACGUCGACACUCAAUCAAAGGUUAUACACCGAAGGAAGCCGCAUUCACAAAGCUCGUCGGGUUCGUCAAGUUCAAAGGAUGAAAAAUCCGCAGGUCCAUCUAACAAAGGAAGUUCCGAUAGUUAUUCGAUGUUUAGUUUGUCAACAUUCUUGAGUUGUUGCGAUGGUCAUAUAUUAGCAGAGGGAAUCAUAAUAAUCAUGACCACCAAUCACGUAGAAAUAUUGGAUCCCG